AAAUCGAGAAGAGUACGAGCGACAACUCAUGGAAGGGCGAGGAGCAAGAGAGGGUGAAAUUCAGAACGAUGAAGAUGAUGGUGCGCUUAAUUUUCUAAUCCUUGAGGACAAGGAAAGUCUUGAAGAGGAGGGGAAUGAUACGGAAGUGGUCAUCAACCCAGGCGAGUCCGACGAGGAAGAGGACGAUGGUCUCGCCAUAUGGCUGGAAAACAUGCUGGAGGAGCCGACAAGCCCAAUAUACCGACCAUCAUGCAAGAGAGACUGGCCAAAAUGGUGUGGUCCACGGGCUAAGCUUAAGCUUAAGAAGCGCAAGACCAAACGAGCCCGAAGGAAACGCAAGGCAAAGGAUAAGGAAUCAUAUUGUUGGUGUAAGCCUU